AUGGGGUGGGUGAGGAUACAGUCCAAACAGUGUGUAGGGCAUGCCUACAGCCAAUCUAACUAGGCUAUAUCCCAAUAUUCAUACUACAUGAAAAGUUAUUAGAGUAUACUAAAAAGUAUGCUAGUGUUGAUUUUAUCGGCAGUAUUGGCUAGAAUACAUGGCUCAUGGUAUGUACUUCCUUUGACUCUUACUGAUUGUAAGUCACUCUGGAUAAUAGUGUCUGCUAAAUGACAAAAAUCGAUGUAAAUGUAAUACUUUCCUUUCCAGGGCGCCAAUGCCUCAGCUUUGGAGAAGGAGAUCGGACCGGAACAGUUUCCAGUUAAUGAACACUACUUUGGAUUGGUCAACGUAAGUACCAACACAACAAUAUAAACCAUAGCUGUUGGUCAACGUAAGUUUCCCAGCAUGCACCUGCACAAACACAAUAUAUAACCAUUUUACUGUUAGUGUGUUUGCUUUUGAAUUAAGAUUGGAUUACUUUGUUCCAACAAUCAUAACACAAGACUUAGCACACGCUCUCACACUUCUCCCUCCCUCUCUCUCCUCCCUCUCUCCUUUCGUCUUGUCUCCUCUCUCCUCUUCUCUAGUUUGGGAACACCUGCUACUGUAACUCGGUGCUGCAGGCCCUCUACUUCUGUCGUCCUUUUAGGGAGAAGGUCCUAGCCUACAAGGUCCAGCCCAGACGUAAAGAGUCCCUGCUCACUUGUCUGUCUGACCUCUUCAACAGGUAAAUGGGAGGGAAUGUGCCCCACCCUUAGCAUCUUGCAUAAACAAAUGAAAUGGUGCUUGGAACCAAAAAUUGAUCAGAAAUGGAAAAAAGGCCAGCAUGCACUUUAAGUUACAAUUUAAACUUUGUUACAACUUGUUCAACAGCAUCGCUACACAGAAGAAGAAGGUCGGAGUCAUCCCUCCCAAGAAGUUCAUCUCACGUCUGAGGAAGGAGAAUGGUGAGAAGGAUGGAAGGGUGGGGUGAUGGGAAGGGGUGUAAAGGAAAAAAUUAAAGUUAAUCUCGCUCCUGAAAAAGAAGGGAUAGAGGGAAUAGUGCAGAUGGAGAUUGGAGAAAAUGUAGCAACUUUAGACAGCUAAUUACUCUUCCUUCAUCCCCUCUUUCUCUAUCCUCUUCUCUCUCUCCCUCCAGAGCUGUUUGACAACUACAUGCAGCAAGAUGCCCAUGAGUUCCUCAACUACCUCCUCAACACUAUCGCUGACCUGCUCCAGGAGGAGAAGAGCCAGGAGCGACAGCAGAAUGGAAAACUGGUGCAGAACGGAGGAGGUGGGGGGAGCAGUGGGACAGGAGGAGGAGACGAGGGGGAGAAGACACAGCAGACCUGGGUCCACGAGAUCUUCCAGGGAACCCUGACCAACGAGACGCGCUGCCUCAACUGUGAAGCUGUAAGUGGAGGGAGAUCCAAGAUGGAGGCUGUUAAUGGGGAGAUGAAUGGGUCUCUGAGCAGGAAUGGAUGCCGGGCUGUGCUAGUUUCCCGAUACUAUAUUGUAAUGGGAAAGGGAGAUCCAAAAUGGAGACUGUCAUUGUUUUUUAAAUUAAGGAGAGGAAUAGGGCCAGGAGUUGUAAUUUAUGCCAGUUUCCUAUUAUUGAACAUUGUUUAAACAGAGGUAGAUUUAACCAGUGUUGUGCUUGGCUCUGCUUGUCCAGGUGAGCAGUAAAGACGAGGACUUCCUGGACCUGUCUGUCGACGUAGAGCAGAACACCUCCAUCACGCACUGUCUUAGGUAGGUGUGUGUGUGUACUGUCAGAGAGAUAGCCACUGAAGGGAUGGAGUGGAGAUGGAGAAAGGAAUAGAGGUAAAUAACAGAGAGAGGAAAAGAGAAAUGGAUGGAGGAAAAACAGAACAGAGUUCAGUAGGCCCAAAUAGGAGGAAGCGUUAUGGAAAUGUCCAAGUCAUACAUAUGCCAAAUGACAUCACUUUGUGGAUGCUCCAGAACUCAUCUGUGUCUUCUUUUCUCUCCACAGGGGUUUCAGCAACACCGAGACACUAUGUAGUGAAUACAAGUACUACUGUGAACAGUGUCGGAGUAAACAGGAGGCACAGAAAAGGUGAGCUAGCUGGUCUCUGUGAAAAACGUACCCAAAAAGUGCAUUUAAAUGGCUGUCCGAGCAAACAUACAGUAAGUAGGUGAUUAGUAGACAAGAACAAGGCUAGCCUGUCUUUCUGCCUGUCUUACACCUAAAGAGGUUUAAAUACUAACAUUAAAGGCCCAAUGCUGUCAUAUAUUUACACACUAUGAGGUUGGAAUAAUACAUUGUUAAAAUAUUAAUAAUGCCCUUUUAGUGUAAGAGCUGUUUGAAAAGACCACCUGAAAAUUCAGCCUGUUUUGGUGGGAGGGAGUUUUGGCAUUCCAUGUUGACAUCACCAUGCGGUAGAUUAGUUAAUAGACCAAUAAGAAAGCUGAUAAAACUGGUUGUUUGGAUCCUGGAUGCUGAUUGGACAAGCAGCGUUCCAAGCUGUGCUGUAUUGGCUGUCACAGGCACACUAGGUCUGCUAACAGUUCCAUCUGAAAAUGAUCACUGCGCCUCCAUAAGAAUGUCAUGUUGCUGUCCGAUUCAUCUUUUGUGUUUAUCACACAUUAUUUCCCCUUGCUUCCAGCCUAGCAUUUAGUUUGGUACAGCGGGGAUUAAUAUAAUCCUCGCUGUCUGCCAGUCUGACCUCGGAAACAAUGCUUCACUUUUGAGUGUCGGUCUCUGUACCAUACAUAGAGUGAACGGUGCCCAGACAAGAUGAGACAUUUUCUGAGCCAGGCGAAAUCACACAUCAACGUCAUUAUCAUGGAGAUAUCCAAAUAAAUGGUGCUAUCGCUUUGGGCCGAACAACGCCAUUUACCUGUGACUGUGUUCAUGAUGCAGCACUGCCUCUUGUGCCUUAUUGCUUAAGUGUUCCAAACCUCUCUGCCAAUAACAGCUCAUUUUCUGUUACCCAGAAAUGAUUUAAUAUUGAGAUAAAAACGGCUGCAUUGGACCUUUAACCCUUCCCGCUCUAUCAUAUAAUAUUAUCAUGUUCUUUUAUUAUUAGGAUGCGUGUUAAGAAGCUUCCUAUGAUCCUGGCGUUACACCUGAAGAGGUUUAAAUACAUGGACCAGUUGCAUCGCUACACCAAGCUGUCCUAUCGCGUCGUCUUCCCCCUGGAGCUCCGCCUCUUCAACACCUCAGGAGACGCCACCAACCCCGACCGCAUGUACGACCUGGUCGCCGUGGUCGUCCACUGUGGAAGGUAAAGAGAGCGACUGUGUGUGCGGUCGCUCACUCAGUUUGUGCCAGAGAUGAUCUGUGUGUCUGUUUUAGACUGUGUGUCUGUUUUAGACUGUGUGUCUGUUUUAGACUGUGUGUCUGUCACCUUUUCAAUAUUUCUCUCUCUUUCUGUCCAUCUGUCUGUCUCUUCUCUCCUGCUCAGCAGAGUGUUUAAUUGUACCUCCUGUCUAUAACGGUUAUAUUUAUUUUCCUCUCUCCAGUGGUCCAAACCGUGGUCAUUACAUCACCAUAGUGAAGAGUCAUGGAUUCUGGCUCUUAUUUGAUGACGACAUAGUAGAGGUAAGGAGAGCUUGUCUAUACUCUAUUGGCUAUAUUAUUUUCUAGUGAUAAGAGUUCUCUUUAUAUUCUAACGGUUGUUUUCCUUCAAUGAAUCUAUAUUCCAUAUGUUGAAAGAGAAGAGUGAAAGACGCUGAUCGUCUGUAGUACAUGGGACCCUCAAACACCCAAGCUGUCUUUUCAAAGACAGUUCUUAGUUGUAAUACGGUAUAAAAUAAACUUGUACAAGACCUGCUGGAGACAGGCAAAACAGAACGGCAAAAUUAACUUUAGGUACUCGCAAAUUCGCAAUGAAUGUCUCCAACGGCACCUCCAAUAAUGACGUGUUGUCAACAAACGACACCUUCAUUUAUUUUGAUGGUAUAAACUGGUAGUUUGAUUCUACUAACUCAUUUCCAGCAUCCAUAGAGAUCCAACAGAGACCUAUUCCAAGCUGCAUUCCAGUCCAUCCCCCUACUCCCUACCAGACCUGGGUUCAAAUACUAUUUGCAAUAAUUUCAAAUAUUUUUAUCUGGGCUUGAUUGAGCUUGCCUGGCACAGUGGAACCAAUAAAAUACUCGGAAGGAGUGCAAACCCUGAACAUCUGGCACUCCAGGCAGGCUAUAGCAAAUGCUAAAAGUAUUUUAAAGAUUUCAAAUAGUAUUUGAACCCAAGUCUGAUCCCUACUCGCUCCCAAUGUUGUCUGGAAUUCCAUUGCGCCGCACCGGUCGACCCAGAUAGCUCCAGGUGGCUGUGUGAAUAAUGUAUAAUCUUUAUAAAUAGGGAGUGGGAGACAGACUGGAAUACCAGUUUUAGAUAAGUUAGUAGAAUGAGCCGGAGGACUAUGAGAACUUUUGUGUGUGCGUAUUUGGUAGUGUCGCUCUCUCUCUCUCCUCACUCACUCAAAAUAAUCAACCUGCUUUUCUCAGGUUAUGAGAAUGCAUUAAAACAUGGCAGAGCACACACUAUGAAAUACUUCAGUUCCUGUAGAACGUAACGUAGGCUGCCUGCGUCUGUUGAAAUGCUUUCAGUCCAGAUCACAUUCAGGGAAUGAGUCCACACAGUAGUAGCAUAUGGCCCUGUUUCAAAUGUACCCACAGUGUAGAGGUAUGUUAUAGCAAUCGAGGGGCCUGCUUUUUCCACUCCGGGAAGACACUUUCCAUAGGCAGAGAUCUAGAAUCAGUUUACACUCAGUUUACCCAGCGUAACCAUUAGAGUGGAACAAUGCAAAACUGACCUUAGAUCAGUGUCUAGGGUUUUUCCACUAUGGAAAGAGUCCUAUUGUAACAUCUGGUAGAUGAGCAGAACCUGGCUGAGUGAUGAAGUUUCCGCUGGGCUUGGAAAGACACUGGUCUCAGAUCAGUUUUGGGUUUACCCUCUAAUGGUUAAAGGGAUAGUUCGACAUUUUGGCAAUUAAGCCCUUUUUUGUACUUACACCGAGUCAGUCUAGACGUCCAGUCAUGAGCUAACUAAUGUCUCCUACUACACGCGGAGACAUUAAUGGUAUCCAUGAGUUCAUCUGACUCUGGGUAAGUAGAACAUUCUUGAACUAUCCCUUUAACACUAGAACCGCUGGGCUUCGAGGGAGCCCCCUUCAAGCUAAUGAGCAGUCAUUCUAACUGCAACAUUCUAACAGUAUAAUUAAUACAUUUAAUUAGGGAUGUGCAUCUUUCCCUUUCAAGACGCUUUGAUAUGUAUCUAGAUACAUGGGCUCUGAUAUGAUACUGGAACGAUACGUUUUAGUUUGAAACGAUUCGGUUUGAUGCACUAACUUUUCUUGCUUAAGCAUGUUCAUUUUCCAUUCUAUACUGAAAACAUAUAUAAACACAACAUGCAACAAUUUCAACGAUUUUACUGAGUUACGGUUUAUAUUAGGUAAUCAGUCAAUUGAAAUAAAUGAAUUAGACCCGUAAUCUAUGGAUUUCACAUGACUGGGCAGGGGCGCAGCCAUGGGUGAGCCUGGAAGGGCAUAGGUCCACCCACUUGGGAACCAGGCCCAGCCAAUCAGAAUGAGUUUUUCCCCACGAAAAGGCUUUAUUACAGACAGAAACACCCCUCAGUUUCGUCAGCUGUUUGGGUGGCUGGUCUCAGACGAUCCCGCAUGUGAAGAACCCUGAUAUGGAGGUCUUGGGCUGGCGUGGUUACACAUGGUCUGCGGUUGUGAGGCCGGUUGAACGUACUGGCAAAAUCUCUAAAACAACGUUGAGCAGGCUUAUGGUAGAGAAAUUAACAUUAAAUUAUCUCGCAACAGCUCUGGUGGACAUUCCUGCAGUCAGCAGGUCAAUUGCACGCUCCCUCAAAACUUGAGACAUCUGGGGCAUUGUGUUUUGUGACAAAACCGCACAUCUUAGUGGCCUUUUUAUUGUCCCCAGCACAAGGUGCACCUGUGUAAUGAUAAUGCUGUUCAGUCAGCUUCUUGAUAUGUCAGGUGGAUGGAUUAUCUUUGCAAAGGAGAAACGCUCACUAACAGGGAAACAUGGGACCAACACAUCUGUCUGAGCUUGUGUGAAUUAUGUAUGCCUAUGGUGUAUGUACUAUGUAGGCACCUGAUGUGAACCCCAAGGGAGACUAGGUAGGCAUCUACCACCCCACUAUAGUGUUAUAGGGUAUAGCACUAUGAGAUGGGGGGGGCAAUAGCAUAUGUUUUUUGUCCACUUUGGUUCUGAAAUCACCAUCACCCACUAAUUAACUUGUCAUUUUUGCAGAUUAAGUGUUUGAGCUUGAGGUCAGGGCUCUGUGCAUGCUAGUCAAGUUCUUCCACACCGUUUUCGACAGACCCUUUCUGUAUGGACCUCGCUUUGUGCACUGGGGCGUUGUCAUGCUGAAACAGGAAAGGGCCUUCACGAAACUGUUGCCACAAAGUUGGAAGCACAGAAUCAUGUAAUUGUAUGCUGCAGCGUUAAGAUUUCCCUUCACUGGAACUAAGGGGCCUAGACCGAACCAUGAAAAACAGCCACAGACCAUUAUUCCUCCUCCACCAAACUUUACUUUGCAUUGGGGCAGAUAGUGUUCUCCUGGCAUGCACCAAAUCCAGAUUUGUCCGUCGGACUGCCAGAUGGUGAAGCGCGAUUCAUCACUCCAGAGAACGCAUUUGCACUGCUCCAAAGGUCAAUGGAGACGAGCUUUACACCACUCCUGCCGACGCUUGGCAUUGCGCAUGGUGAUCUUAGGCUUGUGUGCGGCUGCUCGGCCAUGGAAACCCAUUUCAUGAAGUUCCCGACGAACAGUUCUUGUGCUGACGUUGCUUACAGAGGCAGUUUGGAACUCGUUAGUGAGUGUUGCAACCGAGGACAGACGAUUCAGCACUCGGCGGUCCCGUUCUGUGAACUUGUUUGGCCUACCACUUCGUGCCUGAGCCAUUGUUGCUCCUAGAUGUUUCCACUUCACAAUAACAGCACUUACAGUUGACCAGGGCAGCUCUAGCAGGGCAGAAAUUUUACAAACUGACUUGUUGGGAAGGUGCCACGUUGAAAGUCACUGAGCUCUUCACUCUCUUCACUAAGGCCGUUCUACCGCCAAUGUUUGUCUAUGGAGAUUGCAUGGCUGUGUGCUCGAUUUUAUACACCUGUCGGCAACAGGUGUGGCUGAAAUAGCCGAAUCCACUAAUUUGAAGGGUUGUCCACAUACUUUUGUGUAUAUUGUGGAUCGCCCAUAAAUUCGAAUAAUUUAGAUUUUUAUGCCAUAUCGCCCAGCCCUACCUGGAUUGUACAAUAUUUGCCCAUUAUUUUUUUAAUUAUUCAAGCUCUGUCAAGUUGGUUGUUGAUCAUUGCUAGACAGCCAUUUUCAAGUCUCGCCAUAGAUUUUCAAGACGCUUUAAGUGAAAACUAAGUCGUCUUGGUAAGCAACUCCAGUAUAUAUUUGGCCUUGUUUUUUUUAGGUUAUUGUCCUGCAGAAAGAUGAAUUUGUCUCCCAAUGUCUGUUGGAAAGCAAACUGAACCAGGUUUUCCUCUAGGAUUUUGCCUGUGCUUGGCUCUAUUCUGUUUCUUUUUAUCCCAAAAAACUCCCUUGCAGAUGACAAGCAUACCCAUAACAUAAUGCAUUCACCACCAUGCUUGAAAAUAUGAAGAGUGUUACUCAGUGAUAUGUUUGGGGCUAAUUCAAAACAACACAACUUUUUGUGUUCAGGACAUAAAGUUAAUUUCUUUUUUUUGCAGUUUUAUUUUAGGGCCUUAUUGCAAACAGGAUGCAUGUUUUAAAAUGUUUAGUCUGUACAGGCUUCCUUCUUUUCACUCUGUCAAUUAGGUUAGCAUUGUGGAGUAACUACAAUGUUGUUGAUCAAUCCUCAGGUUUCUCCUAUCACAGACAUUAAACUCUGUAACUGUUUUAAAGUCACCAUUGGCCUCAUGGUGAAAUCCCUGAGCAGUUUCCUUCCUCUCCGGCAACUGAGUUAGGAAGGAUGCCAGUAUCUUGGUAGUGACUGGGUGUAUUGAUACACCAUCCAUAGCCAAAUCAAUAACUUCACCAUGCUCAAAGGGAUAUUCAAUGUCUGCUUUUAUUUUUAUUUUUAACCCAUCUACCAGUAGGUACCGUUUUUGCGAGGCAUUGGAAAACCUCCCUUGUCUUUGUGGUUGAAUCUGAAUUUGAAAUUUACUGCUCGACUGAGGGACCUUUUCAGAUAGGUAGUCAUUCAAAAAUUUUGUUAAACACUUCUUGCACACAGAGUCCAUGCAACUUAUUAUGUGACUUCAGCAAAUGUUUUAUCCUGAACUUAUUUAGGCUUGCCAUAACAAAGGGGUUGAGUACUUAUUGACUCAAGACAUUUUAAGCUUUUCAUUUAAUUAAUUUGUAAAAAUUUCUAAAAACACAAUUCCACUUUGCCAUUAUGGGGUAUUGUGUGUAGGCCAGUGACCCAAUCUCUAUUUAAUAAAUGUUUUAUUCCGGCUGUAACAACAGAAUGUGUAAAAAGUAAAGUGGUGUGAAUACCUUCUGAAGGUACUGUGUUUUCGGAAGGUAGAAAGAAAGUAAUAUGAGAAAAAAAUGUCAGUGAAUCAGCGAUUCGUAACGUUUUAAUUGAUCUUCUGACCAAUGCAUGCCACAUUUGGAUCGAUUUGGGGUCCAUGGAAUUGAUGCGUAUCGGUGCAUUGUUACAUCUCUACCUUUCAUAUAUAUUCUAUCGCAGAGAUAAUCAUUUGGUUGUGUUUAUGAUGGUCUUAUGUAAUUGAAAUAACACUAGCGUUUUCAUUAAUUUGUUACUGUAGUCUAUAUGUAAAAAAAAUAUAAAACACAUUCAAGGGCAUAUGUCUUGAAAUGUGGUAAAAGCUUCUUUUUGUAAAGACAAAAAAAGAAAAAUGACCCCAACCACCAAGAUGCACACUCAGCAAGACGCACAAUCAAAUAAUGAAAACAUCAGUAGCCUACACAUCAUUAUAAGCGCCAAGUGUGCUUGAUAAAUAGUGAAAAUCAGGCAAAAGCAAUAAUGGCGUUAUAGUGAAUAUGAAUGUCGAAUUGACAGGAGUCAAAACUAGUCAAUUAUUGUCCGUUCGUGCUUACAUGGUGUGCGUCUUCCACGGUUACAAAGAAAUUCCCUGGUUUUCCCGAAAUUCCGUAUGGAAUAUUCACGGAAUCUGGAGGCAAUAAGCAGGAAAUCCGGAAUCCUCCAACCAGGAUUUCUGGAAAACCAGGGAAUUUAUUGAAAGUUCCUGGAACUUUGCAACCGUAGCGUCUUCAUGCAAUGGCAUCAGUUGGAGCAUGUCACAUAAACAACAACAACAUUUGGUGAGUGCGUUGCUGAUGUCGUUUUUUGCUUGAUGUCGGGCCUGCUCUCUGUGAUAAUCGACCUGUAGCAUUGUCACCAGCUUGUUCUAUCCAAAUGGUGCCAUCACCUCUUUUAUCCUGCCUCGCAGUUUCAUUUGGUGGUGGUGCGGGCACCUGUUCAGUGCGCACCGUUCUGGCUUUAUUGCACUUAGGGCUCGGAAGUGUAGGUUCAGGCUGGGGCUCAGAAUCAGAAAAAUAAUCAUCAGAGAUGUCAUGAUUCAUUUCUUCCCCACCAUCUGAGUCCUUUUCAUUCAGAUUUUGUAGCAACUUUAACGCGGCAGCCAUUUUUCUUGGCAUUGUAAAUUACACACGCACUCACUGUGCACUCCAAGUAGGCCAGAGUAGACUUAUAUAUAUAUAUAUAUAUAUACAGUGAAGUUGGAUGUUUACAUACACCUUAGCCAAAUACAUUUAAAAACUCAGUUUUUCACAAUUCCUGACAUUUAAUCCUAGUAUAAAUUCCCUGUCUUAGGUUAGUUAGGAUCACCACUUUAUUUUAAGAAUGUGAAAUGUCAGAAUAAUAGUAGAGUGAUUUAUUUCAGCUUUUAUUUCUUUCAUCACAUUCCCAGUGGGUCAGAAGUUUACAUACACUUAAUUAGUAUUUGGUAGCAUUGCCUUUUAAAUUGUUUAACCUGUGUCAAACAUUUCGGGUAGCCUUCCACAAGCUUCCCACAAUAAGUUAGGUGAAUUUUGGCCCAUUCCUCCUGACAGAGCUGGUGUAACUGAGUCAGGUUUGUAGGCCUCCUUGCUCGCACACACUUUUUCAGUUCUGCCCACACAUUUUCUAUAGGAUUGAGGUCAGGGCUUUGUGAUGGCCACUCCAAUACCUUGACGUUGUUGUCCUUAAGCCAUUUUGCCACAACUUUGGAAGUAUGCUUGGGGUCAUUGUCCAUUUGGAAGACCCAUUUGCAACCAAGCUUUAACUUCCUGACUGAUGUCUUGAGAUGUUGCUUCAAUAUAUCCACAUAAUUUUCCUUCCUCAUGAUGCCAUCUAUUUUGUGAAGUGCACCAGUCCUUCCUGCAGCAAAGCACCCUCACAGCAUGAUGCUGCCAUCCCCGUGCUUCACGGUUGGGAUGGUGUUCUUCAGCUUGCAAGCACCCUCUUUUCCUCCAAACAUAACGAUGGACAUUAUGGCCAAACAGUUUUAUUUUUGUUUCAUCAGACCAGAUGCCAUUUCUCCAAAAAGUACGAUCUUUGUCCCCAUGUGCAGUUGCAAACCGUAGUCUGGCUUUUUUUAUGGCGGUUUUGGAGCAGUGGCUUCUUCCUUGUUGAGCGGCCUUUCAAGUAAUGUCGAUAUAGGACUUGUUUUACUGGGGAUAUAGAUACUUUUGUACCUGUUUCCUCCAGCAUCUUCAAGGUCCUUUGCUGUUGUUCUGGGAUUGAUUUGCAGUUUCACAUCAAAGUACGUUCAUCUCUAGGAGACAGAACGCAUCUCCUUCCUAAGCGGUAUGACGGCUGCGUGGUCCCAUGGUGUUUAUACUUGCGUACUAUUGUUUGUACAGAUGAACGUGGUAUCUUCAGGCAUUUGGAAAUUGCUCCCAAGGAUGAACCAGACUUGUGGAGGUCUACAAUCUUUUUCUGAGGUCUUGGCUGAUUUCCUUUGAUUUUCCCAUGAUGUCAAGCAAAGAGGGGUUAGGCCUUGAAGAAGGUAGGCCUUGAAAUACAUCUACAGGUACAACUCCAAUUGACUCAAAUGAUGUCAAUUAGCCGAACAGAAGCUUCUAAAGCAAUGACAUCAUUUUCUGGAAUUUUCCAAGCUGUUUAAAGGCACAGUCAACUUAGUGUAUGUAAACUUCUGACCCACUGGAAUUGUGAUACAGUGAAUUAUAAGUGAAAUAAUCUUUCUGUAAACAAUUGUUGGAAAAAUUGCUUGUGUCAUGCACAAAGUAGAUGUCCUAACCGACUUAUCAAAACUAUAGUUUGUUAACAAGACAUUUUGUGGAGUGGUUGAAAAACAAGUUUUAGUGACUACAACCUAAGUGUAUGUAAACCUCCGACUUCAACUGUGUGUGUGUGUGUGUGUGUGUGUGUGUGUGUGUGUGUGUGUAUGUAUGUAAUAUAUAUAUAUAUAUAUAUAUAUAUAUAUAUAUAUAUAUAUAUAUAUAUAUAUAUAUAUAUAUAUACACACACACACACAGUGGGGAAAAAAAGUAUUUAGUCAGCCACCAAUUGUGCAAGUUCUCCCACUUAAAAAGAUGAGAGGCCUGUAAUUUUCAUCAUAGGUACACGUCAACUAUGACAGACAAAUUGAGGAAAAAAAAUCCAGAAAAUCACAUUGUAGGAUUUUUUAUGAAUAGAUUUGCAAAUUAUGGUGGAAAAUAAGUAUUUGGUCACCUACAAACAAGCAAGAUUUCUGGCUCUCACAGACCUGUAACUUCUUCUUUAAGAGGCUCCUCUGUCCUCCACUCAUUACCUGUAUUAAUGGCACCUGUUUGAACUUGUUAUCAGUAUAAAAGACACCUGUCCACAACCUCAAACAGUCACACUCCAAACUCCACUAUGGCCAAGACCAAAGAGCUGUCAAAAGACACCAGAAACAAAAUUGUAGACCUGCACCAAAGUAGAGCUGGGACCAAAGUAACAAAGCCUACCAUCAGUAACACACUACGCCGCCAGGGACUCAAAUCCUGCAGUGCCAGACGUGUCCCCCUGCUUAAGCCAGUACAUGUCCAGGCCCGUCUGAAGUUUGCUAGAGUGCAUUUGGAUGAUCCAGAAGAGGAUUGGGAGAAUGUCAUAUGGUCAGAUGAAACCAAAAUAGAACUUUUUGGUAAAAACUCAACUCGUCGUGUUUGGAGGACAAAGAAUGCUGAGUUGCAUCCAAAGAACACCAUACCUACUGUGAAGCAUGGGGGUGGAAACAUCAUGCUUUGGGGCUGUUUUUCUGCAAAGGGACCAGGAUGACUGAUCCGUGUAAAGGAAAGAAUGAAUGGGGCCAUGUAUCGUGAGAUUUUGAGUGAAAACCUCCUUCCAUCAGCAAGGGCAUUGAAUAUGAAACGUGGCUGGGUCUUUCAGCAUGACAAUGAUCCCAAACACACUGCCCGGGCAACGAAGGAGUGGCUUCGUAAGAAGCAUUUCAAGGUCCUGGAGUGGCCUAGCCAGUCUCCAGAUCUCAACCCAUAGAAAAUCUUUGGAGGGAGUUGAAAGUCUGUGUUGCCCAGCGACAGCCCCAAAACAUCACUGCUCUAGAGGAGAUCUGCAUGGAGGAAUGGGCCAAAAUACCAGCAACAGUGUGUGAAAACCUUGUGAAGACUUACAGAAAACGUUUGACCUGUGUCAUUGCCAACAAAGGGUAUAUAACAAAGUAUUGAGAAACUUUUGUUAUUGACCAAAUACUUAUUUUCCACCAUAAUUUGCAAAUAAAUUCAUAAAAAAUCCUACAAUGUGAAGCUGCUUACCUAUUGCAGAUUCAGUCUUCCCAGCCUGGUGCAGGUCUACAAUUGUGUUUCUGGUGUCCUUUGACAGCUCUUUGGUCUUGGCCAGGGACGGCCUGUUCAAUAGGGCGAUAUGGGCGACGCACUGCCAAACGGGAAAAGGAAGGGAUUUUUUUUCUAAUCAAUUAUAUCACGGCAACAGUAGUUAUCAGUGUUGUAAUCUAUACGUCUGAUCUGCCACAGUGCCACACUGCCACUAAAUGUCGAAUCAGGCUAAAGUCGUGCUUCAAAUGGCUCCACCCCCUUUUGGGGCGAUUUCAGUCAGAUUGAAAAAUCGCCCAGAACUUCUGUCAUAGACUCCCCAUGUAAAAUCUAUUUUUUUCAAAUUUCAGAGCCUUCAUACAAUCUCAAUGGUGUCUGUGGGCUUGCACUUACGCGCUUUCGUCAUACGUGUACUAACCAUGAACGUAAAAUUUCCCAAACCCUUUUUAAACCCAUUUAAAAGCCUUCCUCUGAAUUUCCCAAAAUUUCCCUAAUUUUUCCCGAAGUUGGGCACCGUCCCUUCCGCAGCAAAGCACCCUCACACAGAUGCUGCCAUCCCCGUGCUUCACGGUUGGGAUGGUGUUCUUCAUUGCAAGCACCCCUUUUUUCCUCCAAACAUAACGAUGGACAUUAUGGCCAACAGUUUUUUUUUUUUCAUCAGACAGAUGCCAUUUCUCCAAAAGUACGAUCUUUGUCCCCAUGUGCAGUUGCAACGUAGUCUGGCUUUUUUUAUGGCGGUUUUGGAGCAGUGGCUUCUUCCUUGUUGAGCGGCCUUUCAAGUAAUGUCGAUAUAGGACUUGUUUUACUGGGGAUAUAGAUACUUUUGUACCUGUUUCCCUCCAGCAUCUUCAAGGUCCUUUGCUGUUGUUCUGGGAUUGAUUUGCAGUUUCACAUCAAAGUACGUUCAUCUCUAGGAGACAGAACGCAUCUCCUUCCUAAGCGGUAUGACGGCUGCGUUGGUCCCAUGGUGUUUAUACUUGCGUACUAUUGUUUGUACAGAUGAACGUGGUAUCUUCAGGCAUUUGGAAAUUGCUCCCAAGGAUGAACCAGACUUGUGGAGGUCUACAAUCUUUUUCUGAGGUCUUGGCUGAUUUCCUUUGAUUUUCCCAUGAUGUCAAGCAAAGAGGGGGUUAGGCCUUGAAGAAGGUAGGCCUUGAAAUACAUCUACAGGUACAACUCCAAUUGACUCAAAUGAUGUCAAUUAGCCGAACAGAAGCUUCUAAAGCAAUGACAUUCAUUUUCUGGAAUUUUCCAAGCUGUUUAAAGGCACAGUCAAACUUAGUGUAUGUAAACUUCUGACCCACUGGAAUUGUGAUACAGUGAAUUAUAAGUGAAAUAAUCUUUCUGUAAACAAUUGUUGGAAAAAUUGCUUGUGUCAUGCACAAAGUAGAUGUCCUAACCGACUUAUCAAAACUAUAGUUUGUUAACAAGACAUUUUGUGGAGUGGUUGAAAAACAAGUUUUAGUGACUACAACCUAAGUGUAUGGUAAACCUCCGACUUCAACUGUGUGUGUGUGUGUGUGUGUGUGGGUGUGUUGUGUGUGUGUGUGUGUUGUGUGUGUGUGUGUGUGUGUGUGUGUGUGUAUGUAUGUAAUAUUAUAUAUAUAUAUAUAAUAUAUAUAUAUAUAUAUAUUAGAUAUAUACACACACACACAGUGGGGAAAAAAAGUAUUUAGUCAGCCACCCAAUUGUGCAAGUUCCCCACUUAAAAAGAUGAGAGGCCUGUAAUUUUCAUCAUAGGUACACGUCAACUAUGACAGACAAAUUGAGGAAAAAAAAAAAUCCAGAAAAUCACAUUGUAGGAUUUUUUAUGAAUAGAUUUUCAAAUUAUGGUGGAAAAUAAGUAUUUGGUCACCUACAAACAAGCAAGAUUUCUGGCUCUCACAGACCUGUAACUUCUUCUUUAAGAGGCUCCUCUGUCCUCCACUCAUUACCUGUAUUAAUGGCACCUGUUUGAACUUGUUAUCAGUAUAAAAGACACCUGUCCACAACCUCAAACAGUCACACUCCAAACUCCACUAUGGCCAAGACCAAAGAGCUGUCAAAAGACACCAGAAACAAAAUUGUAGACCUGCACCAAAGUAGAGCUGGGACCAAAGUAACAAAGCCUACCAUCAGUAACACACUACGCCGCCAGGGACUCAAAUCCUGCAGUGCCAGACGUGUCCCCCUGCUUAAGCCAGUACAUGUCCAGGCCCGUCUGAAGUUUGCUAGAGUGCAUUUGGAUGAUCCAGAAGAGGAUUGGGAGAAUGUCAUAUGGUCAGAUGAAACCAAAAUAGAACUUUUUGGUAAAAAACUCAACUCGUCGUGUUUGGAGGACAAAGAAUGCUGAGUUGCAUCCAAAGAACACCAUACCUACUGUGAAGCAUGGGGGUGGAAACAUCAUGCUUUGGGGCUGUUUUUCUGCAAAGGGACCAGGAUGACUGAUCCGUGUAAAGGAAAGAAUGAAUGGGGCCAUGUAUCGUGAGAUUUUGAGUGAAAACCUCCUUCCAUCAGCAAGGGCAUUGAAUAUGAAACGUGGCUGGGUCUUUCAGCAUGACAAUGAUCCCAAACACACUGCCCGGGCAACGAAGGAGUGGCUUCGUAAGAAGCAUUUCAAGGUCCUGGAGUGGCCUAGCCAGUCUCCAGAUCUCAACCCAUAGAAAAUCUUUGGAGGGAGUUGAAAGUCUGUGUUGCCCAGCGACAGCCCCAAAACAUCACUGCUCUAGAGGAGAUCUGCAUGGAGGAAUGGGCCAAAAUACCAGCAACAGUGUGUGAAAACCUUGUGAAGACUUACAGAAAACGUUUGACCUGUGUCAUUGCCAACAAAGGGUAUAUAACAAAGUAUUGAGAAACUUUUGUUAUUGACCAAAUACUUAUUUUCCACCAUAAUUUGCAAAUAAAUCAUAAAAAAUCCUACAAUGUGAAGCGCUUACCUAUUGCAGAUUCAGUCUUCCCAGCCUGGUGCAGGUCUACAAUUGUGUUUCUGGUGUCCUUUGACAGCUCUUUGUCUUGGCCAGGGCCGGCCUGUCUUAUAGGGCGAUAUGGGCGACCGCACUGCCAAACGGGAAAAGGAAGGGAUUUUUUUCUAAUCAAUUAUAUCACGGCAACAGUUACGUUUCAGUGUUGUAAUCUAUACGUCUGACUGCCACAGUUGCCACCACUGCCACUAAAUGUCGAAUCAUGGGCUAAAGUCGUGCUUCAAAUGGCUCCACCCCCUUUUGGGGCGAUUUCAGUCAGAUUGACAAUCGCCCAGAAACCUUCUGUCAUAGACUCCCAUGUAAAUCUAUUUUUUCAAAUUUCAGAGGCCCUUUCAAUACAAUUCUCAAUGGGUGUCUGUGGGCUUGCACUUACGCGCUUUCGUUCAUACGUUACGUAACCAUGAACGUAACUGAUACAAAAGAGUGGAUUGUUUGAAAGAAGUUUCCUUUUUGUCGGCGAACAAAUGAAGAUAAAUUGGCAACGGAAACAAUUAGGACCUUCCCAGCACCAAAUUUUAUAAUUCCAAACAGGUUUCUACUAAAGGCGGACACGUCCGUACACGGAUUUUCCAAAAAUUGGUACGAACGAAAAAAAGACAUUGCCACUCACUCAACUGGAUGACGAGGGAUACAGGCUAGCUGUCCGCCGCCACAACGAUGAGGUUAGUGUUGAUAAUCACAAGUUUACUGGAUGUGGAUAUGGUUGUAAUAAAGGCAGUUUAUUCAGAGGGUAAAUAUAUCUGGAAUCGCGUUCACGGACCCGUUCGUCAAACUCUUAAAAAUGAACUUGGGCUGGGAAUUGCCAGGAACCUCACGAUAAGAUAUAUGCAUCAGCAUUGCGCGUCUCAUGAUUCUAUACGUAUUGCGAUUCGAUACUGUGAUUUUAUUGCGCACCAUAUGUCUGUUGCAGAGGGAUCAGAAAGCCAUGAGAACGAGUUUUGAUCAGUCAUGGAAAUAAAAGUGCUGAAAACAAAUUGGCUCCCAAUGUGAAAAGAUUGAGAACAAGCUAUGAAGGAACAAUAAUGGUGUUUUGGUGCAGGUACAGCCAACUAGCGCUAAAAUAUUGCGAUAUUGUCAAUACAGUAUAUCGUAAAGUAUCACUAUGUAACUCGAUUUCUUUCACCCCAAUCCCUCAAAUUAACGGUAAAUAACUGAAUUGUUGCCCCACAUUUAGCUAAGAUGAUUAGCUAGCCAGCUAAAAUGUUUUAGUUAGUUAGCAGUCGCAUCUACAAUAGUUUACUGUCAAUAACAUGUCUCCAAAAAUGACGUGGUGUCUCCAAUUGUGUUGACAUUUUACAAUUGCAAUGCGCAUCCAUGAGUAUCCACUUUCUGUAGCUCAGCUGGUAGAGCAUGGUGCUUGUAACGCCAAGGUAGUGGGUUCGAUCCCCGGGACCACCCAUACACAAAAAUGUAUGCACGCAUGACUGUAAGUCGCUUUGGAUAAAAGCGUCUGCUAAAUGGCAUAUUAUUAUUAUUAUUAUUAUUAUCUGAAGAGAGCCCCGAAACAUUGUGUGCAGACAUUUUAUGCAAUAAAUGAAGUAGGUUCAAUCUAGUAGUUCUGAUCUUCUGAUUGGUCCUGAUGAGUUGGGCGAGGUCCCCUGCAGGCUACUGUCACUGUUGCAUUGGCUCUGAGUCGGGUUCUCUGUCUUCAAAUGUUCAGCCUAAGAGAGGGGAUUUUUGUGUGUGUGUGUGUGUGUUUAACAGUGAUGAUGUGUGUGUGUGUGUUUAACAGUGAUGAUGUGUGUGUGUGUGUGUGUGUUUGUGUGUGUGUGUCCUCAGAGCAAGAACUCGUGAGUUGGAAGAAACUGAGAGGCCUAUGGCGUGGGUGUUGUCCUUGGCCACCUGCUGACAAGAUAGGACCCUUUUGUCCAUUGUUAUUGGAUAGGAACAGAACUUAUAACCAGCUCCUGACCUAAAUAGAUCUUAGCACAACAUUUUACUCAACAUAUCAUAUUCCAUAUUCACUAUAACAAAUAUAUUUACUACGACAUUAGCAAGAACCGCCACAUCCUCAGCCGGCUAAUCCAGUGUGUGAAGUUUUGCGUAGUGUUUGAGUUAGCUUUGCGAGGCAAAGAUGAAACUGAGGGCUCCACCAACCCUGGUAAGCCAACACUUUGAGAUCAGUCAAUAAAUGCUUCUGGUAUUGACUUAUAUGCUGCCCCUGUCUUCAUGUUGUUGCUGGACAUAUCUUUUUUUAAAUGUGUGUAGGUCACCUAAAUCAUCAGAAAAAUUGCCCCUCCUGAGAAUUUUUUCAGGAGCCGCCACUGGUCUUGGCCAUAGUGGAGUUUGGAGUGUGACUGUUUGAGGUUGUGGACAGGUGUCUUUUAUACUGAUAACAAGUUCAAACAGGUGCCAUUAAUACAGGUAACGAGUGGAGGACAGAGGAGCCUCUUAAAGAAGAAGUUACAGGUCUGUGAGAGCCAGAAAUCUUGCUUGUUUGUAGGUGACCAAAUACUUAUUUUCCACCAUAAUUUGCAAAUAAAUUCAUAACAAAUCCUACAAUGUGAUUUUCUGGAUUUUUUUUCCUCAAUUUGUCUGUCAUAGUUGACGUGUACCUAUGAUGAAAAUUACAGGCCUCUCAUCUUUUAAGUGGGAGAACUUGCACAAUUGGUGGCUGACUAAAUACUUUUUUUCCCCACUGUGUGUGUGUGUGUGUGUGUGUGUGUGUGUGUGUGUAUAUAUAUAUAUAUAUAUAUAUAUAUAUAUAUAUAUAUAUAUAUAUAUAUAGAGAGAGAGAGAGAGAUGGCCCUAUAAAAUCUGCAUUGUGGACAGAAUCACGGAAUCCAGACAUUAAAACAGAAUUCAACAAUAUGUUUUUUAUUGAACUUAUUAGAAAAUGUAUUAAUAUGCCCAAUUUCAUAACACAUGAACAAAAUGCAUCAGGGAUACAUAUUUUCUUUCGAGGCAACGCAUGAAUGCCCCGGUCUGUGUGCGUGCGUUUGUCUACCACUUUGUGUAACUGUUAGCGAUGAUGCUAAUAAUUAUAAACGUCUUCUGGUAGAUGGAAAGGCUUUCCUAAAAACCUUCUCAAUUAAAUGUUAACUACAAAGUAGCAAGUGCCUACCUUAUAUCAUGAUUGUUUGCAUCAAUGCAGUGGCGAUUUGUUUAGCAAACUCUGCAAUCACAUGUAUGCUACAGAAACACCACUUACAAAACAAGUCUCUUGCUGGUGUGCAGUUGAAUUAAAGGAUAUCUACAACCAAAAAUGACAAUGUCUUUAGAUUUUUCCCAAACCUCAAAAGUGGUCUCCUGGUGCGGUUUAAGCAUUGUUGAGGACUUAGAACAUCCAAUUUGGUUGUUCAGCAUAUGGUCUCACAAGGGGUCUGAGGAUCUCAUCUCGGUACCUAAUGGCAGUCAGGCUACCUCUGGCGAGCACAUGGAGGGCUGUGCGGCCCCCCAUGACUGACCCACUGCCAAACCGGUCAUGCUGGAGGAUGUUGCAGGCAGCAGAACGUUCUCCACGGCAUCUCCAGACUCUGUCACGUCUGUCACAUGUGCACAGUGUGAACCUGCUUUCAUCUGUGAAGAGCACAGGGCGCCAGUGGCGAAUUUGCCAAUCUUGGUGUUCUCUGGCAAAUGCCAAACAUCCUGCACGGUGUUGGGCUGUAAGCAAAACCCCCACCUGUGGACGUCGGGCCCUCAUACCACCCUCAUGGAGUCUGUUUCUGACUGUUUGAGCAGACACAUGCACAUUUGUGGCCUGCUGGAGGUCAUUUUUCAGGGCUCUGGCAGUGCUCCUCCUGCUCCUCCUUGCACAAAGGCGGAAGUAGCGGUCCUGCUGCUGGGUUGUUGCCCUCCUACGGCCUCCUCCACAUCUCCUGAUGUACUGGCCUGUCUCCUGGUAGCGCCUCCAUGCUCUGGACACUACGCUGACAGACACAGCAAACAUUCUUGCCACAGCUCGCAUUGAUGUGCCAUCCUGGAUGAGCUGCACUACCUGAGCCACUUGUGUGGGUUGUAGACUCAGUCUCAUGCUACCACUAAAGUGGUAGCAGCAUUCAAAAGUGACCAAAACAUCAGCCAGGAAGCAUAGGAACUGAGAAGUGGUCUGUGGUCACCACCUGCAAAACCAGUCCUUUAUUGGCGGUGUCUUGCUAAUUGCCUAUAAUUUCCACCUGUUGUCUAUUCCAUUUGCACAACAGCAUGUGACAUUUAUUGUCAAUCAGUGUUGCUUCCUAAGUGGACAGUUUGAUUUCACAGAAGUGUGAUUGACUUGGAGUUACAUUGUGUUUAAGUGUUCCCUUUAUUUUUUGAGAGCGAGAGAGAGAGAGGGAGAGAGAGGAUUUUUAUAGGGCCCUAGAUAUAGCGUACAUACCAUUUUGAGAUUAUAAUUACAAUAGAUCAAUACAAAAGAAUGGCCCUCCCUCUUAUUCAUUCACAAUUGGUGAUUACAUAAUUAGGCAUCAUUCUCUCCCCUCACACAUUCUCUCCCAUCGUACUUGAACUUCAUUUAUUUAAUCUGUUAUACUGUAUGUGUAAAAUUUGUUUAGGUUAAGUUUCAAGGCAAUUAUCAACAGGGCACGGCACCUUUAACUGUCGGGGGAAGGAGGGGCAUUCAAAGAGAAAAAAAAAAAAAAUGAAAUGCCCUCCUAAAACUGAUUUAUAACUCCAGUUCUGUUAGUGAUAGUAAGAUUCCAACAACGACAGUAUGUUAUAUAGACUUAUUUAGCAAAAGUCAAGGACGGAGGGGGGCAUAACUUUAAAAAUGGCAGUAAUAUUUAAAAACAAUUCAUGAGCAGUCAAAUUACUGUUUUAGCGGUUCUAGUGUUGGGGUUUGGAGAAGGUAAGCUGAUCCUAGAUCUGUAGCUAAGGGCAAGGGGAGCGGAGGGAAGAGUAGACAUGGCUGCUGUGGGUUUGUUUUACAUUUCUUAUUUUCCUCCACUCUCUCUCUCUCUGUCUCCGUUUGUUUACUAGCAGUCCACUCCAAUUUCAGUUUCCAGACGAAAGGGAGAGGUCCCUUUAUCCUGGAAACUGAGAUGGCCGUGGACUUCUAGUAAACAUUGUUUCCUCACUACUCUACCCCCACAACUGGUAGAAGCACAACCUAUUUAUUCUCGCUUUUCUCUGAAGGGAUCCACAUUUGUUGUACCACAUAAACAUAUAUUAUUCUUACAGAUUUCCAAAAUGUGUUUGACAAGUAACACAGUAAAAAGAUAGGGCGGUCAUUACACAUAAGGCUCCUCUCCAAAAGUAGCGCACUAUAUGGUGAACUUUGUCGCUACAUGUCUGUGUCGUGACAGACGAAGUCAUUGGAGAUUCGGCCUUCUCUAACCUUAAACUCUCCUCCUCUUCUCCUCCUCUAUAGAAAAUCGACGCCCAGGCGAUCGAGGAGUUCUACGGUCUAACGUCUGACAUUUCUAAGAACUCUGAGUCAGGUUACAUCCUGUUCUACCAGUCCCGGGACUGA